CCGGCGGCGGGGAUGGCGGCAGCGGCGGCGAGGAGACGGGUGCUGUGCCUCUUCGACGUGGACGGCACCCUGACGCCGGCUCGGCAGAAAAUCGAGCCGGAGGUGGACGCGUUCCUGCGGGAGCUGCGGGAGAGGGUGCACAUCGGUGUGGUGGGAGGCUCCGACUAUGCCAAGAUAGCCGAGCAGCUGGGGGACGGCGAUGAAGUCAUCGAUAAGUUUGACUAUGUCUUUGCUGAGAACGGCACAGUGCAAUACAAGAAUGGGCAGCUGGUCUCCAAGCAGGCCAUUCAGGACCAUUUGGGGGAAGAGCUGCUGCAGGAUCUAAUCAACUUCUGUCUCAACUACAUGGCGCUGCUGAAGCUGCCCAAGAAACGAGGAACCUUCAUUGAGUUUCGCAACGGGAUGCUGAACAUCUCUCCCAUCGGCCGGAGCUGCACCCCAGAGGAGCGCAUCGAGUUCUCCGAGCUGGACAAGGCUGGCCCAGCAGCUGUCUUCCCUCUCCCAGCCCCAGGAGCUGGAACUAAUGGGAGCCUUCCAGAUUGGAAGGGCCACGGUGCAUCUGCUGGGCAGAUCUCUGGACUGCUCGGCCCAUGCCCACAGCAGUUUCUGCCUCAGAAAGAGCGGAUCCGGGAGAAGUUUGUGGCAGCCUUGCAGAGGGAGUUUGCUGGCAAGGGCCUGCGCUUCUCUCGAGGUGGCAUGAUCAGCUUUGACGUCUUCCCGGAGGGCUGGGACAAGCGCUACUGCCUCAACGUGCUCGACGACGAGAGAUUUGACACCAUCCACUUCUUUGGGAACGAGACAACCCCUGGAGGGAACGACUAUGAAAUCUACGACGACCCGCGCACGGUGGGACACAGCGUGCAGUCCCCACAGGACACGGUCCAGCGCUGCCGUGAAAUCUUCUUCCCCGAGCGAGCCAACGAGUGCUGAUUGCCACAGCCACACAGCCCUGCCCUGGCCCCAACCUCUCCCCCCUGACAGAAAAAAAAAGCACCUUCGUUUGAGGAAUCAGCUCAGGGUAGACCCAAACAAAGCCACUUGCCACAGCUGGUGGGGAUGUAGCGCGUGAAGGCGGGUGGGUGUGCAGGCUCCUUGACACUCCCCUAGCUAUGGCUGGGGCUUGUCAAACCAGAGCCUCCUCACAUCCAGAAAAACUUCUUUCUUGUCAGUUGAGGCUGUGGUGGGAGGCGCUGCAGAUGCUUUCUUGGUCAGGAAGCAUUGGAAAAGGCCAGUCGUGAGAGUGUGUGCGUGUCCGUCCUGCACUCCCUCUCCUCCCCUCUCCUUUUUCCCUCUGUUUCUCUUAACGCUUCUGCAUGAGGGAAGAUGCAUCUCACCUUUCUCCGCCCCUCGCACCUUGGCUGGGGAGGAUGGGGCUGCUUAGGCCCCAGGCACUCUCCCCAGAGUUGCUGUGAAGUGAGGGACCAGCAAGGCCCUUCGCUACAGGCCCGUGGGAGAGAGGAGUAGCUGUGGCCCCGGCUCAUUGUGGCGUUGUGCAUCCAAACAGAGAGGAUCCCGUGUCCUUCACCUCAGUGCCAUGCCACAACAGUCCCUACAGGUGGCCCGGCAACUACAGCUUUGAAAUUACUCUGCUCCUGCUCUGAGCUUUGCUCAGGCACAUGGAGAAACUUUCUUCAGCUUACAAAAAAAACAGAACCCAGCAUGGCUACCUUGAGUUUAUUUUCUGUGCUCUACAGAGGUUGUCAAGUCAGACCUUGCCUGGCAUGGCUGGAGGACUCCGGGUGCCUGGUCUCUGCAGAGUGCCCUGCAGAUCACUUGGAGGCAGAAGGCUUCCCAACAGUCUUCCCCGUCAGCUGUCCAUUAGGCAUCACAGAUGUGCCAGUGCAAAACCUCCCACAGGGCACUUGCAACGGACUGAGCCCCGCUUCUUUCUCAGUGCUCAGCUUUCCAUCCUCCUGCCAGAGACAUUUUCAGGGAGGGCCAACGCAGGCUGGACCUAGGUUCUAGUGCCAGUGGAGGUCCACACUCAGCAGUGGCCUCCAAGCUUGUUUUUCCACCCCACCUCGUCCCACAUGCUUGGUUUACCUGGUCACCUUCAGGGACACAAGUUCUCCAGUGCAGCUGACGUAUCCUCCUGCUUCUCUCUUCUGGGUCUUUGUGGGUUGCAAACCACAUCUCUCCUUUCUCCCUUGACCUCUUCCCUCACAUUGCCCCCUAAAUCCUGGCCACUGUGCUGGGGUAUGAGACCACGUGAGUGAUACUAGUCACAACUUGAUGCUCAAGAGGAGUUCAGGGAUAAGAUGUCCUGCUUAUAGCUCCCCAGGCACACGACUGGUGUUUGUAGACCUUGGAGGGUCCCAGAUGUUCCUUCAAAACCUCCCCAUAUUACUCCUUGGGAGCCUUUCUCAGCACAUCACAGAAUCACAGAAUGGUAGAUCAUCCAGUCCAGCCCCCUGCUAAAGCAGGUUCCCCUCGAUCAGGUGACAUAGAAAUGAGUCCAGGUGGGUUUUGGAAACCUCCAGAGCAGGAGACUCCACAACCUCUCUAAGCAGCCGUUGCCAGGGCUCCCUCAUCCUCACAGGAAGGAAGUAUUUCCUCGUGUUCCAAGUGGAACAUCCCUGCUGGCAUAGGACUGCCCCAUCUCUUUCUUGUCUGUUUUCUCUCCCCUUUUUUUUUCCCCUUUCCCGCUUUCCUCACCAUUGCUCUUCAUCUCCCACCUAGCAGCUAGACUGCAAAGAGAAGUUUCUCAGAUGGCUUCUGCCACUUGAUCAAGGGGACAAGUUCUUCAGGUGAGAUAUGUUGGUGCUUUUAGACCCAGGGCAGAGCUCUCACAUUGCCACAGGCAGAAUCCUGGGUGAACCUUGGCCCCACUGCCAUACUGCACGCACAGGAGUAUUGCAGCGUCUCCUCCACCUGACUGUACCUCUUAACUUUACAACACAUUAGGUCUGCAAUGCAUCACAUUUGCAUGAGCUCAGUGGUCUGCCCAGCACUGAGAAAUCCCCAACAAGUGCACAGAUUCCUCUGUCUACCCAGACAACAUUUCUGCAUGGGAAACGAGGACCUGUCAGGGAAGCCUGAAUGCAGAGUGUCCUUUUCACGGGCCACAGGUUUUGGCCCUCCACUGCAACCUUGACGGGAGGAAUUGUGUGUUUUGUGGUCCUUCCAUCUCUGUUUCACUGUGGAUCAGGCUAUGUUUUGGUUUUGGAGGUUUAUUUUUCAAUAAGUCCAUUCAAAGUCAGCAGGAUCUGCAGAGCUUGGUGGUGGGUGAAGGGCAGGGCCUGUCCCUGAAGGCACGAGACAGUGUGGUGGCCUUGGGGACUGAGCUGCUUUGCAUAGUUGAAGGGAAGGGCAGGCUCUGUCCAAGGCUGCCCCUGAUGGCAGCACGUCCCUUGCUCGGUGUGAGGGCAGUUGUGGGAAGGGCAGCACUGUAGCAGGGAUGACCUGUGAGGCACCAGGUGUUGCUUUCUGUGCUCAAGAGCUCACCUGUGCAUGGGUAAGGUCAAGUUCAGGAACCUUCCCCGUCCUGCCUGUCUUACACCAAGCUUGGGCUAACUGAGGGCACCUCACACCAGGAGACUCUGUCCUGUUAGAAUGCUGAGGAGAUGGAGGAUGACAGCAGAAGUAACUGGGGCAACCCCGGAGUAUCACAGGCCCAGGAUGGUCGAGGCCAAUGAGACCAGGUCAGCUGGUCCUGCCCCGCGGUUCAAGCAGGGCCACUGGCAACCUGCGUGGUGGUUUUGUGGGCAGGGCUGAGGCACAGCACUGGGGUGGGAGCCUUACAGGUAAGGAACAGUGUGUACCUGUCCCUGACCCCUCUCUGGCACCCUGCUUCUCGUCUGGUGGGAGAGUGUGAGUGAGCGGCCAUGGCGGGCCUCACGCUGGGGCCGUGUGGCUCCAUGGCUCGGUGAGGCGGGCGGCUGCCGUCUGCCCCAGGCCAACUGUUAAAU